GAGAGCUCGGCAGUCAGUCUAGCACGAGCCGCUGCUCAGGAGAGACGCGGCUCUCGCUCUCUCUCCCCCCUCCGUCGGUUUCUUUACUCGUUCACCAGUCUAUAUCCUGCAUAGUAUACUACAGUUUCACCCUGUGUAUCGUACGUCGAGUUGUAAACCGAAAAGAGCACACACACAUAUAACUCAGGAGGCUGGCACGUCGACGCCGCAUCAGUGUCAAGCUACUGUUUACCCACGAAGACAGCGGAUGAACAAGGCGAGAUGCCCGGACACCGACAGCCCAACUCCCUGGAGGGUCUCGCCCUGGGCCGCGUCUGCCAGCUCCUGGACGGCACCUGCCGACGACUGCAGGUGCUCUCGCAGGAGUCCUCGGCGGCCCAGGUGCUCGCCUACGCCAAGCAGACGAUCCGGCCGUACUACGCCAACGCGCUGACCGCCAGGCUGCGCUCCCAAGUGAUCGAGGAGACCUCGCGGAUGCUCUACGGCCCGUCGACCGACGGCUCGACCCUGAUCUCCGGACCGGCGCCGCUGUACCUCCUGGCGCUGCUGCUGGGGCACGACAUCAAGCGGCUGAAGGUGAACCUCUGCUGCUACUACGGCUGCAGCCACCAGACCUCGCUGCUCAAGCUCCUGGCCACCGAGGGCGUGGGUCUCGAGUCCCUCGAGCUGGCCAGGUCGGCCCUGCUCAGACUCGACUGCAAGCUCCUCAGAUCGGCGCUGCUCAACAUGAAGAACCUCCAAAGACUGACGCUGCGCAACAUCGCCAGCGACGCCGUGCUCCAGGUCGUCGGCAAGGCCUGUCCCAAGCUCAUCAUCCUCGACGUCGCCUGCUCCAGGCAGGUCACCGACGUAGGGCUCAAGCAGCUCCUGCUCCACGUCGAGUUCCGCGACAGGAUACCCAACCCCGCCAGCCAGGAGUCCUCGACCAGCUGGUCCAGACUCAAGGGCCUCCUGGCCAAGCUGAAGAUGCGCGGACCCAAGUCCGAGAAGCGGGAGAAGCAGGUGCUCCUGGACCACUGCGAGAGCCGGAACUUUCUCUGCGACACGCUGCGAGUGCUGAACGUCGCCAACACGGGAGUCACCAGCACGGGCGUCCUUCUCGCGCUGAUGCACGUGCCGCAGCUCGAGUCGCUCGCGGAGUACAGCCACAUGGGCCGAGUCGUCGAGAUCAUGAACCGCGGCGUGAUGGACUUCAAGGCGCCCUUCAGCCUGACGCAGGCCCGCAGCUGCCGGACGACCCAGGCCAGGCUCGAACUGCUCGCCCAGGCCUGCCCCAGGCUGGAGAAGCUGCACAUAGCCGAGCCCCACCACCCGCCGGAGGCGCUUCAGCUCUUCCCCUACGUCACGUCGCUCAGCGUGCACAGCAUCCCCGUACAGAAGGAGUGGCUCGAGGGCUUCUACGGCUACCUGCGCACCAACGGCCAGAACCUGAAGGAGCUCGAGCUGCGCAUAGCCCAGAGCGAGGUGCCGCUCGACAUCGACCUCAAGGAGAUCUUCUUCUGCUGUCCGAACCUGCGCACCUUCACGAAGGACGGCUCGAACGUGGUCUGGUCGGCGGGACCAGACCCCCCGGUACUCAAGCACCUGAGACGCGUGCAGGUCGGCAGGACCGUCAGCGCCCUCACCAUCACCAAGAUCCUCUCGCUCGCCCCGGAACUCACGGCUCUCCACGUGCACAGCUGCUUCGACCUGACGAACGAGCAGCUGGAGAAGCUGCUGACGGAGCCGGCGAAGCCCGUGAAAUCCUACGGCCUGGGACUGAGGCGCUCCGAGGCGGUUGUCCAGCACAACAGCCUGGUGAGGAACCUCGAGUGCUUCUACAUCUACGAGGCGAGCAAGGUCUCGGCUUCCACCGUCUUGAACAUGUUCAAGAGCUGCGGCAAGCUCAGGAGGAUCGGCAACCUCGCCAACUGGGGCCUCGACUGCGAGGGCGUACGCACUCUCAGGAACACCCUGGCCAAGGCCAACCUCGACGUCGACCUCUGCCCGGGCUCCCACUGGUUCUGGAGCGACUGCAUCCAAUAGCGAUGACUCGACUCGUCCCCCCGAAGACGGACGCGUCGUUCAUGAAGAAGAAGAAGAAGAAGAAGAAGAAGAAGAAGAAGAAGCUUCGACGGUCUCUCGAGAUCGGAACUCUGUCGUGAGAAAGUGCGCGCGGCGUCGUGCUCUCGUUCUACUUUGCGCGCGAGUGAAACGAAGCCGGCGUGUAAUUCGACGUGAUGACGAGCACGGUACACUUUUUUUGCGAGCCGUCGAUUCUCAUAGCUGCCAUUCUCGAUGUACACUGUACUAUAUAUAAUAAUUAUACGAUACUUCUCUCUGUCGCCAUCAUCGUUUACACGCUGUAUCCGCAUUGUUGCACACAGAGACGUGCGCACGUACACGCACGUACACGCACACAGCGAACUGUAAAUUUAUCAGUAUUAUCGACUUUGUUCGGGGGAACCCAGUGUGGUGAGGAAGAACGAGGAGGAGUCGCGCCGCGCGACGAUAAUUAUAAGCUAUACGCAUCGAUAUCAUCGAUAUCGUUAAGGAAUAACUAGAGUUAUAUGAAUAAUAGAGUCUAAGGCGAAUCCUUUAUAUCUUAAUAUCACGCAACGACUUAUGCUUUGACCGAUCUAGUAUGUAUCUAGAUGCGCUAGUUCGUAUGUAUAUAAUACUUGUAUAACGAGCAUGAAUUGAUGAUAACAAUAAAUCGAAAUCGUGUAUCUACGUGAUCCUAUACGUAGCUACAUGAAUACAUAAGCAACCAGA